AUGAUAUCAAUUCGUUCCGUCUUUCUAUUUCUGCUUUUUCUGACGGCACUUGGUCUGGCAGGUUGGUUUGAGCACAAAUUCUUUACCAGCUGCUCCCACUCCUACGUACAUUUGUGCUGCAGAACAACUCGGAACAAUUCUCGGCGUCGCUUCGACCGAUUCAAGAUGCGAGAACAUCAAAUGUUACGGACAGAACGAGUGUGAAAUGGUGGAGACAUUGUGCUUGAAUCCGCCGUGCGAACUGCAGCCGUUGUGCAAGACAGUCAUCUUCUAA